CCCCCGGGCCCGGAAGGAGGAAGUGCCGGCGGGAGGAGCGCCGGGUGUGUAGGGUGGUGCCGCCGCUUCUCCUCGGAGCGAGGCGGGAGCUCAGUGUCAGAGGCUCGGCUCCUCCUCGAAAUAUGGAUGGGAAGAGUAGAAUGUGUUUAAUUAUGAAUCGUCAGGCACUGGAGAAAGACAUCAAAACCUCUUACAUUAUGGAUUGUAUGGUUGCUGACCAAGUCCUGACACUGCAGGAGGAAGAGAAAGUGAAACAGCAGAAUACACAGAAGGAGCGAGCAGCUAUGUUAAUAAACACUCUUCUUACCAAAGACAAUAACGCGUAUAGAUCUUUUUAUAAUGCACUGCUUCAUGAAGGAUACCGAGAUCUUGCUGCACUUCUUCAGGAUGGCAUCCCUGCCUUCUCCUCCAGGAAUGGAAAGAGUGCUAUGGAUGAGAUGACUUCGUACGUGAAGACAACUCUCUGCGAAGGAGGCGUGCCACAGAGACCAGUUGUGUUUGUCACUCGGCCAAAGCUGGUGGAUGCUAUUAAAGAGAAACUGUGCAGCUUAGGAAGUGAUCCAGGCUGGGUCACAGUUUAUGGAAUGGCAGGUUGUGGAAAGACGGUUUUAACAGCGGAAGCUUUAAGGGAUCACCAGCUCUUGGAAGGUUAUUUUCCAGGAGGAGUUCACUGGAUCUCCGUUGGAAAACAGGACAAAGCAGGGCUCCUCAUAAAACUACAGAAUCUCUGUAGUAGAUUAGAACAUGACUCUACUCUUUCGCAGAGACCGCCACUUAACAUCGAGGAGGCCAAAGAUCGUCUUCGUUUGCUGAUGCUGCGCAAAUACCCUAGGUCUCUUUUGGUCCUGGAUGAUAUUUGGGAUUCCUGGGUAUUAAAAGCAUUUGAUAAUCAAUGUCAAGUUCUUAUCACCAGCAGGGACAGGAGUGUGACAGAUGCUGUGUCUGGCAAUAAAUAUGAGAUUCAUGUGGAAAGUGGACUAACACAUGAGAAGGGACUGGAGGUUUUAGCCCUGUUUGUGAAUAUGAAAAUAUCAGAACUGCCAGAACAAGCUAACUGCAUUAUAAGGGAAUGCAAAGGUUCUCCUCUUGUGAUAUCCUUGAUAGGUGCAUUACUACGAGACUUCCCUAGUCGUUGGGAAUACUAUCUCAAACAGCUGCAGAAUAAGCAGUUUAAAAGAAUAAGAAAAUCUUCAUCUUAUGACUAUGAAGCCCUUGAUGAAGCGAUGUCCAUAAGUGUAGAGCAACUGAGUAAUGAUUUGAAAGAUUACUAUAAAGACCUCUCCAUCCUCCCAAAAGAUGUUAAAGUACCUACUAAGGUGCUCUGUAUUCUUUGGGACAUGGAAACUGAAGAAGUUGAAGAUAUACUGCAGGAAUUUGUUAACAAAUCAUUAUUGUUCUGUGAUCGUAAUGGGAAUUCAUUUCAUUAUUAUUUACACGAUCUUCAACUUGACUUUCUUACAGAGAAGAAUCGCAACCAGCUUCAGGAACUACAUAAAAACAUAGUAAAUCAGUACAAGAAAUAUUACAAGCUGCAUGUGCCUGUGCUAUCUCAAGAGGACUGCAUGUACUGGUAUAACUUUCUAGCAUAUCACAUGGCUGGUGCCAACAUGCAGAAGGAACUCCGUGAUCUUAUGUUUUCUCUAGACUGGAUUAAAGCUAAAACAGAAUUGGUAGGGCCUGCUCAUCUUAUUCAUGAAUAUGUAGAGUAUAGUUCAGUCCUGGAUCAAAAGGACAGCAUAAUACGUGAGAAUUUUCAGGAAUUUCUGUCUUUAAAUGGGCACCUUCUUGGACGACAGCCUUUUCCUGACAUUACUCAGCUGGGUCUUUGCCAACCAGAGACAUCAGAGGUGUAUCAACAAGCCAAGCUACGAGCUCAAAGAGAAACAGGAACAUUUUACUUGGAAUGGAUAAAUAAAAAAUCCUUGAAAAACCUCUCCCGUCUGGUUGUUCGUCCACAUAGAGAUGCAGUUUACCACGCCUGCUUUUCUAGGGAUAGACAAAGAAUAGCAUCAUGUGGAGCUGAUAAAACACUUCAGGUGUUCAAAGCAGAAAGUGGAGAGAGAUUGCUGGAGAUAAGUGCUCAUGAUGAUGAAAUACUUUGUUGCACUUUUUCUGCAGAUGAUAAAUACGUAGCAACUUGCUCAGCUGAUAAAAAAGUGAAGAUCUGGAAUUCAAGAACAGGCAAGUGUUUGUACGUAUAUGAAGAACACACAGAGCAGGUCAAUUGCUGCCAGUUCAAUAACAGGAGGGGUCAGUAUCUUUUAGCCACCUGCUCAGAUGACACUUACAUCAAACUUUGGGAUUUGAAGGAUAAGUAUUGUAGGAAUACGAUGUUUGGUCAUGUAAACGCCGUCGGUCACUGUAGAUUUUCACCAAAUGAUGACUAUAUUGCUAGCUGCUCAACGGAUGGAACGGUGAAGCUUUGGGACGUGCGUUCAGCAAAUGAACUGAAAACUAUUGAGAUAAAAGAUUUCUUCAGGAAUGCAGAUGAGCAACAAGAUGAUGUGGAGGUUUUAGUAAAAUGUUGCUCUUGGUCCGGAAGCAGUGAUAUAAUUUUGGUGGUAGCCAAAAAUAAGCUUUUGCUUUUUGAUGUUACAACAAGUAAUCUGUUAACGCAAGUCAUCGUAAGUCAUCACAGUACAAUCCAGUAUUGUGACUUCUGUGCUGGGGAUGAGUUAGUAGCAGUUGCUUUGUCUCAUUGUUCUGUUGAGUUAUGGAAUAUUAAAUCCUUAUCAAAAGUAGCAGAUUGCAGGGGACACAUGAGCUGGGUUCACUGUGUGGCGUUUUCCUCAGAUGGAUCUUUAUUUCUGACAUCUUCUGAGGACCAGACAGUACGGAUUUGGGAAACAAACAAGGUGUGCAAGUCUUCUGAUGCUGUCCUAAAAAGUGAACUAGAUGUUGUGUUUCACAAUGGUGAAGUUAUGAUUUUAGCAAUUUACAAUCAGAAGCAUAUACAACUCAUUAAUGGAAAUACAGACAGCAUUAUCAUACAGACAGAACCUCAGGAAUCCCUUAUUUGCUGCUGUUGCUUAAGUGAAGAUCUUAAAUUUGCAGCAUUUGGGCAGGAGAAUGGAACAAUAAAGGUAUUGCAGUUGUUGGAUGGGAAAGUUCUGACAUCCUGGGAGGCCUACAGGACAUCUGUGCAGCAUUGUCGAUUUACCACUGAUUGUCAGACUCUGGUUUCAAGUGCUCAUGAUGCAGUCAUACAGGUAUGGAAUUGGCGGUUGAACGAGUGUGUGUUUCUGAGAGGGCAUAAGGAAGCAAUCAAAGACUUUGCAUUUCUGGAAAAUUCAAAACUUCUUUCCUGGUCGUUUGAUGGAACAGUUAAGGUUUGGAAUAUCACCACUGGCAAAACAGAAAAAGAUUUUGCUUGCCAUAGAGGUGCUGUUCUUUCUUGUGCAGUUUCACCUGAUGGUAGUAGGUUUUCAUCUACUUCUGCUGACAAAACUGCAAAGAUAUGGAGCUUUGAAAGUUCAUCUGUUCUUCAUGAGCUGAAAGGUCAUGAAGCUUGCGUGCGGUGCUCUACUUUCUCUCCUAAUAACAAAUUACUGGCCACUGGAGAUGACAAAGGAGAUAUAAGGAUUUGGGACAUUUUAACAGGUGAAUUACUUCACUUCUGCUCCUCAGUUACUGUAGAUGAAGGAGAACCAACACACGGUGGCUGGGUAACAGACCUCGCAUUUUCUCCUGACAGUAAGAUGCUUGUGUCAUCUGAAGGCUAUCUUAAGUGGUGGGAUGUAACUACUGGAGAAUCCUUGCAAACCUUCUACACAAAUGGAACAAACCUCAAGUCAAUACACGUGUCCCCUAACUUUGAAGUGUACGUGACUGUUGAUAAUCUUGGUAUUCUUUAUGUGUUACAGAAGUUGUGAUUAAUGGGCUGAACAUUGCAGAGAUCGCUGAACUCAUAUUUUGAGCUGAAAACAAGAUUGUGCUAAUUUUUUCUCUCUUGUUGAGCUGUGAAUUAUAUUUCAGUGUUGUACUCAUGAUGUUUUCAUGCACAUUUAUGUACAUUUCUGCAUGUUUUUCCCAAUUAACUUGCUUUUAAUCUUGGUUUUGAUAAGCAUCAUUAUAAUAUUUAACACCUGCUUUGCAUCUUAAGUAUAUUGCUUCCAUUUUUGUAAUGAAAUUUUAUUAAGAUUUAUUCAAAUUAGUUGAAAUUAAUAAUUAACAGCAGUGAAAAAAUAAUAGGAAUAUAAUAGAUCAGCAGCAUAUUUUGUGCGAGGGCUGGUGGCUAAAUGCUCUCUUGUCAUGAACACAACUGUGAGAUACAAUUUUUUUUUUUUUUGCUAUGUUGAAAGGCUUUUCAUUUAGUACAGAAUGGAAAGAAUCAGGGACAUCCUUCAUUUGAAAAAAGGAGCUAGCUAUACUGCUGCUUGAAGUUCAAAGCAAAUCAAGUGGCUGUUCAGUUUACAGCAGCAUUGCUUCCCUCUUGCCCCAAGAGUCUUCACGCUUCUAACCUUGUGGAGGUAAAAAUGAUGAAGAGAUAAAUGAUGUGUAUGAGCUAUCCUUAUUAAGGGGAACAUCUUGAGCCUUGUUUUCUCAAGGCAAAAUCUGACGGGACAUUGGAAUUGAAGUGGAAGAGAUUGUGCCACGUGUCCAUUCAAACAAUGAAUACAGCUUACCAGCUAAAUUGAGACUGGAAAUGCUUUAAAAGGUUUAUAUUGAAAAAUAUCAGAGGGUGUGACUUGUGUUUACUUCCAGUUUUGAAAUUUGCGUUGAGUUCAUACUAUGAAGACAUUCUGUUGUUGGCUUUGUUAACACUGGGUUCUUUGUACAGGGAUCUUUUUCCUGGUAAAAUGUGAUUUUUAUUAUUGUUUUGUUUUUAUAAUCUAUUUAUAGAUUCUGUAUAGGGUGGGAUCUUUGAUGUUUUGUACUAGUUGUACUUGGCAUAUCUUUUGUGAAUACUUGGUUAACAAUUUUUCUUGGAUGCCAGUAAGCCUUGUUCUAGCAAACUGCCUUUUUAACUAUGAAGAGGGACUGCACAAACAUUAGUGCCAUGAUUUUCAUAUUUUUGUAGUUGGCGGUAGAACACAUCUAAAUACUUGAUUGUAAAAGGUACUUUAACAAGGGUGUAUCACCUGAUACUGAAUAAUGGUAUUUUCACUUUUCGUAGCUUUUCUGUUUGCAUUUCAGAAGAUGUAGUACACAUUCUUAACAUUUUCCUGUUUUUGACAAUCCAUGAUUUUUUUUCCCCCUCUUUUCUAACUUGAAAUUCUACUGUUUCUAAGGUGCUAUUGAAUACGGGUCGGUAUAAUUAGAGUACUGCUGGCAGAAAUAUAAAGAGAAGAAAUUUGAUAGAAAAAAAUAAUGUUUUAUAUUAUAAGCAUGUACAGCAUUCAAUAAAGAUGAUCCAGGCAAUAUGAGCUGAAAAUAUGAAAGAA